UGCCCCCAGCUGGUAAUUACUUAUAUACUUCAAUUCACUGAUUAUAUACCUACUCGUGUAUUUUUCUGUUAUCUGAAUUGUUUACGAAUCCAUAUACUUUGUAGUAGUAGUAAAUAAUUUUUGGUAACGUUUAGACAUAACUUCGCACAAUGUCAUUCAUUAGCAGUAUAGCUUUACAAGUGAAUAGACGUAAAAACUCUCUAGUCAGGCUGAAAACAUCAAGCACAGAAGUAAUUUUAGCAAGAUUCGCGAAGAAAAUGUCGUUUAACGCAAAUGGCAACAGUGUACACUCCGCUGCCAUAACAGAAGUGCAUAAUGUGCCAAUGAGUGUCAUACAUAGGCCAAUCCCACCGGUAUUGGAUGAAGCAAAGGUUCAGUCGCUAAUGAAUAGUAUACAGAAUGAAGCAGAAGGUGAUGUUCCUCCAAUAGACGUACUAUGGAUAAAGGGUACAGAGGGUGGUGAUUACUUCUACAGCUUUGGUGGUUGCCAUCGCUACGAAGCAUACAAGCGGUUGAAUCGCGAAUCUAUAAAAGCCAAAUUGGUGCAAUCGACAUUACAAGAUUUAUAUCACUAUAUGGGCUCCAGCACUCCCAAGUACCUUAAAUGAACUUAUUCACGUUUCAAAAUUUUAAAUUUCAAUUAACUUAAUGGGUAUAUAUAUUUAUACGGAUUAAUAUUUUUAUUAUAUGU